UGAAAGUGGAGUAAAUUGUUGAAUAUGGGUGUGUUACGAAAAAAAAAAAAAACCUCCAAGCAACCGUCUGAACCAGGUUGAUUCAGAAGGCAGUUUUUUUCGUUAUAUUUUUUUGUUUUACCCAAACAGACACUGAGACAAAUAUUUUUUGAGUGAUACGUUUAGGGAGCACUUUGCAGAACCAUAGAAUAUCGACCGGAAGUAGGUAUGAAUUUGGAAAGAUAAGGGAAAAUAAGUUAGCUAGCAAGCUAAUAGGCGAACUUGUGCGUUGUGUGAGACUCCUCAGUCGGUUUGUUUAGAGUCUUAGCUCGGUCAAUAGAGCAGCUCUGUGUUUUCAGACACUCCAGUUUACUAUAUAUGCCAAACGUUUGGGUUUUUAAAAAGCGGAAAUGCCUAUAAAACUGACCACUCAGGCGUACUGUAAGAUGUUACUACACGCGGCUAAGUAUCCUCACUGCGCCGUCAACGGGCUGCUGGUGGCCGAGAAGCAGAAGGACAGGAAGAAAGAGGGUCCCGGGGUCUCCGUCCUGUGUGUGGACUGUGUGCCUCUGUUCCACGGCUCUUUAGCUCUGGCACCCAUGCUGGAAGUGGCCCUGUCUCUGAUUGAUACGUGGUGUAAAGAAAACAAAUACGUCAUCGCCGGUUACUAUCAAGCCAACGAACGCAUAAAGGAUGCGAGGCCCAGUCAGGUUGCUGAAAAAGUCGCUACGAGGAUUUUAGAAAACUUCAGCGAAGCAGCCAUGAUCAUCGUGGACAACAGCAAGUUUGCCAUGGGAUGCUCCGCACCGGCUCUUUCCAUCUACGAUCAUUCUGACAAUAAGUGGAAGUGCAGAGAUCCAAGCAUAGACUCGUUCGAGGACUGGACAGAAGCUCAGAAGAUCGCAUCAGCCUUGCUGGAGAGCAGAUCCUACGAAAACCUCAUAGACUUUGACAACCACCUGGACGACCUCAGGAACGACUGGACGAACCCCGAAAUCAACAAAUCCGUGCUGCAUCUAUGCUGAAUGUAACGUCCAGCUGGAGCCGUUUCACCCGAUCAAGCCAUCAACGCCAACAUGGGUCGCGUUAUCGUUACUGUAUUCCGAUUCUCUCGUGGAGGAAAAAGCUCAGAGAUUUCUAAAGCAGGACGUUAGUGUGUCGUGUGCUAUGAGGGAUUAAGAGCAGUGUGAACGUUGUCCAAUGUUUUUACGCAUCCACUCAACACACACCUACAGCAUUUCAUUUUGAUUGGUUAGUAAAAGUUUGAACCAGUCACUGCACCAUGACACACUUUCUUUUUCCUCAUUACUGGUUUUUUUUUUUUUUUUUGACAAAAAUGUCACUUUAUUGUUGACAUGUUUCAGCAGAAACGCUACCACAUUUACACACUAGCAAGUGCGGAAGUUUUCUACCGCUUGGAUGUCCCGAAAUCAAUAUUAAAAAGUACCGUUUUGAAGAAUUGGAUUGGUUCUUUGCUUAUUAACCUUUGUUUUCAUUUUAUUUAAUAUUUUAAGAUCCUUAAUAGAGAUCCAAAAUAAUGUUUAGGAAGUUGUUUGCAUCUGUCUCAGUUACUGUAGCCUCACAGAGAUCAUUAAUAAUUCAGUCCUUCAGAGAUAAUGUCAGUUUUUCCACUUCAUGACAUGAACCUGAUUAAUAUAUUUAACCAUUUUAGUAUGUGACAUUAGAAAAAAAAAAUUAAGUCUUAAUAUAUAAACCACUUUUUAAGCUCUACCAUGUUUGGGUUUAGUUCGCUAAGGCGCAGUUGAUAUUUGUGUUUAAAGAAGUUGAUAAAAAUAGUGCAGUAAUCUUCAUGACUUAAUGACUGAUAGGAACAUGAUGUUUGUUUAUUAUAAUAAUCUGGUUUGAGAUCUCGGUGAUUAAAUUGAGCUUUUGUAAAACAAAAUGCAAGAAUAAAAUGUUUUUAAGCAACA